GAGGAGAGGCCGGGCGAGCGGAAUUCCGAGGGAGCGCCAAGCCAAGCAGACGCCACCAUGACCGAAACCACCAAAACCCACGUUAUCUUGCUGGCCUGCGGCAGCUUCAACCCCAUCACCAAAGGCCACAUUCAGAUGUUUGAAAGAGCCCGAGAUUAUCUACACAAGACAGGAAGAUUCAUUGUCAUUGGUGGAAUAGUCUCACCCGUACAUGACUCAUAUGGAAAACAGGGUUUGGUUUCCAGCCGGCAUCGCCUGGCAAUGUGUCAGUUGGCUGUUCAGAGUUCUGAUUGGAUAAGGGUGGACCCCUGGGAAUGUUAUCAGGAUACUUGGCAAACCACCUGCAGUGUACUGGAACAUCACCGGGAUCUGAUGAAACGAGUUACUGGUUGUAUCCUGUCCAACGUGAACACACCUUCUCUGACCCCAGUGAUUGGUCAGCCACAGAACGAGACCCCACAACCUAUUUACCAGAACAGCAACCUUUCCAACAAGCCAACUGCAGCAAAACUUUUGGGGAAGGUGGGAGAAAGCCUUAGCAGGAUUUGCUGUGUUCGUCCCCCAAUGGAGCGUUUCACCUUUGUGGAUGAAAAUGCUAAUUUGGGGACUGUGAUGAGAUAUGAAGAGAUUGAGCUCCGAAUCUUGCUGCUGUGUGGAAGCGAUCUGCUGGAGUCCUUCUGUAUCCCAGGCCUUUGGAAUGAAGCUGAUGUGAGUGGACAACAGAAGACGGUCAAAGCUGUGACCUUCCUUCCUUCCCUCCCUUCCCUUCCUCUCUAUUCUGGCCCUUCUCUUGAGUUUACAAAUCUUAAAUGCCAAUAUCCUGCUUCAGUGAGCAUGUGGAAAGAUCCAUGCUUAGAUCCCCUGGCGAUAUUUUCUCCACAGAACAAUAUCCUGGUUGUGAAGGAUGAUGUGAAUCACCCCAUGGCUAUUGUCAGUUCCACUAAAAGCAGACUUGCCCUUCAGCAUGGAGAUGGGCAUGUGGUGGAUUAUCUGUGUCAGCCAGUCAUUGAUUACAUCCUUAAGAGCCAGCUGUACCUGAAUGCCUCCGGUUAAAGCUCCUGCUGGCAUUGUGGCAAAGCUGCCAUGUGGCACCACCUUCCUACGAUUGUUCAUCGCGGUUCUCUUUCUCACUCUUGUUUCUUUUUUCAAGGCCUCUUGUGUGCAUCUGCCUAUUCCACUCUGAUUUUUCCCCCCCCCCCAGCCCCGGGAAUUGCCGCCUACAGCUAACAGCCAAGUACAUAUGCCAUCCAGCAACCCUUCUCCCCUUGCAGGAAAAGAGUAAAGAAUAUAU